AUGUUAUCAGGUGUAAUAUAUGCUACUCUUAAUAUAGUCUGUCAUACAAUGCAUUACCUUAAAAAAACUAUAGCUUUACCUAAAAACGAAGAUGAUAAAUAUUAUACAAAUUUAUUAAAUGAUAAAUUAGAUAAAGUUGCAAGCCAAGAUGAAGAUACUAAUGAUGAAGUUACAACUA